UAACCAGAGGAGGCAGAGGCAGUUGGAUACUAAAGAGGAAAACAAACCAAGAGUUAACAUUCCUUCAGAAUUAUCUGGGUAUUUUGAUGAGGAUGAGGAAGAAGAAAUAGGCAUCCCAAACAUUGAAAAAGAUGAUCUCUAUUUUCGCAAGCUAAAUUCUUCAGCGGCAAAUACAGUGGUUGCUUUUGACAAAUUUCUUCCUAAGUUUUGGACUCCAGAAGAAGAAUUGCUAUGGAAAAAAAUCAGGAAAUCCUCUUUCAAACCCUGGUAUAAAGAGAUUCAAGGGUUCAGUAGAAAGAAAUCAGAUUCUGAGGAUGAGGAAUUUGCUUACAAACAAAGCUCUGCCAUUGUUGCUAAUCAACCAAGACCAAGUUUUGACUGGAACAGCAGUUGCAGAAGGGAUCAGAGCUAUAAGCCAACUGCUGAAUAUGCGGGAAGCUCAUUGUCACAGAUUGCAGAAGGAAAAAUCUUGGAGCCUUCUGACCAGCCCAGUCAGUUUUCGUUACUUCAGGCCCUGCAAAAAUACUCUGACUACUUGUCUUCUGAAACGAAGACCAAAAUUGAUCCUACUUCUGGCCCUAGGCUCAUAAAAUGUAGAAAGAAUAUUUCCUUUGUACCAGGAUACAAGGAAGGAGAUGCGGAAAAUGGAUAUCUGUAUCCAGAUUUAGAAAACGAUGACUUGUUUGUUCGGAAAACUGGAGCUUUCCAUGUGAAUCAAGUAGUUCUCCAAGACCCCCGGUAUUUAAAAAAAUUCUCUGAGCAGGAGCCUCCCCUAGAGGGUGAGAUAAUUCUGCAACCCAGAGAGGGCCAACCUGUGAUUCCAGAUUUGGAAAAGGAUGACAUGAUUUUCCGUAAAAUCCUCUCUCAGAAAAAAGAGGUGCCUUUAUCAGGCGCUCCAGACAAGUAUCACCCAGCACUCUUUCCUGAUCCAUGGAGUCUUCCAGAGGAGAUCCGGUCCAAAUUUCUAUGUUUACUUGAAAAAAACGCAACACCAGAGGAAAGGAAGAGCAACGGCAGAGUGAUGUCACCAUCUUCCCGCCAUAAGAAGGACGAUAUGCUGACCCGCAAGAUUGAAUCUUGGAAGGUGGGAAGCAACAUCCAGCCAGUAAAUUUCAUCCCAGGUCCAUGCAGUGAAGAAGACUGGAAGAAGUGGGAAGCGAUCAGGGAGGCCAGCAAAGUUAGACACAAGAAACGGCAGAUGGUGGAGAGACUGUUUCAAAAGCUUUCUGAUGAGCAAGGGAGUAAAUCUUUGAAUGAUGUCAGUGCAGAGGAGCUGCAGUCAUUGCGCAAAAUCCGUUAUGAAGAGCUACAAAGGAUAAAAGAACAGUUACAAGAACAAGAUCUAAAGUGGCAAGAAGAUCUAGCAAAAUGGAAGAAUCGCAGAAAGAGCUUCACUUCCGAAUUGCAAAAGAAAAAGGAAGAGAGAGAAGAAAUAGAAAGGAGAGCCUCUGAGGUGUCUGAAAGGAGUACCAAGUCACUGAAAGAAAUGCAGCAGGAGAGGGAGGACAGAGAUCAAGACUCCUACAGGCAGCGAAAACAUGAACGCAGAUGGAUGUAUUCGCUGAACGAUGAUGUGUUUAGUGAAGAAAAAGGACCUUCCACACAGUCAGCAGCAAAAGAUUACCUUUUGGAAGAAGACACCUCCUACAGCGCUAAGGACAGCAAAAGUGCAUAUGCCACGCAACCACGCAAGGAGCACGCGCCGGAGAGUUUGCCCACUCGUGAAGCUCCCACUCCACCGAAGAGCCUGGCAGAGGAGCAGAGCUCAUCUCUUUUGUCUGCCCGCUACUCUGUGAAUGCUCAAACUGGGUCAGCUCAGGUUUCAGCUUCUCUCCCGAGAAGUUACCAGAAAACUGAUACCUCUAGAUUAACAUCUGUGGUUACACCAAGACCCUUUGGUGUCCAGUCAAGAGGAAUGUCGUCACUUCCACGGUCGUUCACGAUGGAUGAUACCCAGAAAUACAACGGAGAAGUAGAAAAGGCUAAAAGAACUCAAACUUUGUUGACAAGCAGUUCGUUUUCACAACCGGACUCUGCACACCCUCUCUCCACUAGUGUGUUCAGAAGCAGAGGUGAGGAGGAGGAGGAGGAGGAGAAGGAAGGUGUUCAGUCAACACCUCCUCCUAGUUUGGCAUUACCUGUAAAAUCCCAAGACCAGGAUGCUGGAAACAAUAUUCUUAAACCAGAGUAUUGCUCUCUUCCUGAUUCUCUUUCACUUGCAUCCUCUGCAGAAAAUGUGAGUCUGCCAGAGCCUGAGGAUUCAAAACCUCUGGAACAGUACAGUGAAAUGAGAAUCAGUAUAAACCAGAGACCUGGCCACAGUCGCAGCUUUGGGUUUACAACAAAUUGGAGUUCUUCAGGGGCCUUUGUACAGACAGUUGAAGAAGGUAGCCCUGCAGCACUUUGUCAGCUUCAUGUAGAUGAUGAGAUCAUUGCUAUCAACGGCACAAAGGUUUCACGUAUGGACUAUAGUCAGUGGGAAGAAGCCAUCGGCAGAGCCCUAGAAACUGGCAACCUGGUCAUGGAUGUCAGACGAUAUGGAAAGAAUGAUUGGGGCAAAGACCAGCCUUCCCUGCCACAUGUAAGGCAUAAAAUCCUCAAUCUCACCAGUAUGGCUACCAACAUUAUAGGUACAUCUGAAAAUAAAUGGAUUGAUGCAACUUCUGGAGAACAAGUUUCAAAUGUUUCCACCAUAUCAACAAAAAGAGAUUCUUCCAGCAGCCUUCGAAGUUCUGAUACAGAAACAAAGCUGAUAAAUGGAAUGCAAAGAGAUCUUGGCUCUAGCGAACAAAGAGCAUCUGAACCUAUUUCUUUGAAAAACUUAAAAAGACGGUCACAAUUUUUUGAACAAGGAGGCCCAGAGCCUGCAAUGCCUGAUCUCCCAGUCCCAUCCAUUAGUGCUCCUCGUCGUCGGGUUUGGGAUCAAGAGGAAGAACGAAAACGACAGGAAAAAUGGCAAAAGGAGCAGGACCGUUUAUUGCAGGAGAAAUACGAACGGGAACAAGAAAAACUGAGGGAAGAAUGGCUACGAGCUAAGCAAGAAGCAGAAAAAGAGAGCUCCAAGUAUUUUGAUGAGGAGCAGACUGUUCUAACCUUAAACACAAUGUCUGUCCCUGCACGGGCUCCAUCUGUGUCCAGCUGGAGAGGAAGCCCUGAAGUGAGUACUCCUGAGGAACCAGAAGGAGAUGGAGGAAGUGGGCUGGAGGCGCGCUUGCUGGGUGAGGAAGAAGAAAGGAGGAGGCUUCGGGAGGAACGGAGGAUCCAGGAAGAAGCAGCCCUGCGUUUUGAGCAAGAGAGGAAACUCCAGGAACUGGAGCUUGAGAGACAGCGUAAAGAGAGGGAACAGCAAUAUGCUGAGGAGCAGAGGCGGUGGGCAGAGAUGGAGGAGCAGAGGCGGCAGGCUGAAAGGCAGAGGGAGGUGUCAGUGGAGACUCCUCAGUACCAAAGACAUUAUGAGCGCUAUGAAGUAUCUAAAACAAUAGAGGAUCGAGCUGGCCAUCCUCUCAUUGACAGGCAUUAUGAGCGUUAUGAAGUUUCUAAAACCAUUGGGGAGCAACCUAGCCAGUCAUUUGCUGACAGAAAUAAGUCCAAAUCAACUUCAGAACUGAAUGAAUUCAACACAAUCAGAAAUGGUACCCAGAGCAAGUAUUCGGAGAGGUCCUGGAACAUGGGUGAGUUGCAGAAGAAGUCUCAAAAGGAACAAAACCUGUCUGCGGCAGAACUGGAGAGACAGCAAAUCCUUCAGGAAAUGAGAAAGAAAACAUCUCUACACACGGACAGCAGCUGGAUUAGGCAGCGCAGUUCCAGUAUACAUAAGGAGCCCAUUAGUCUGUGCAGCAAUAGUAUGAGGAGAGGGGAGUCUUUGGACAAUCUUGAUUCUUCAAGAAUGAGCUCGUGGAGACGGAACCAGUCUGCCUCCUCUUCAUCUCUGUCCUCUAGUCAGGAUUUCAGUCGCCCGGUGUCCACUUCAAACCGAGCCUACAUGUGCACUCCUUCCUCCAGCAAAGCACCUUCUGCGGCCACCUCCAUGUCCCAGGCAGCCCCCCGGGCUCAGUCUCCCCUCUCUGCCUCCCAGUCAGGGUCCCAGACACGCAGCAGGUCAGUCAGUGGGAAGAAAAUCUGUUCAUACUGUAAUAACGUUCUGGGCAAAGGAGCAGCCAUGAUCAUUGAGUCUCUUGGUCUUUGUUAUCAUUUACAUUGCUUUAAGUGUGUUGCCUGUGGAUGCGACCUUGGGGGAUCCCGCUCUGGAGCUGAAGUUAGGAUCCGAAACAACAAACUCUUCUGCAACGACUGCUAUAUCAGAUUUAAAACUGGACAACCAACCUCCAUGUGAAGCAAAUGAAGAUAUGAAGCCACUGUUGCAGAUAAAAGAAGAGGUGAUUGCUGCUGAUGUAGAUCUAUAAAUAUAUAUAUUGUGUGUAUGUGUGUUUUUUUCUAAGAGUAACUCUUGCUUGUCUAGUCCUCAUAGCAAUGCAUUGUAUUCUUCAUAUAACUAUUUUUAUUUAUAAGAAAGUAAUUGCAGUUAAAGAAAUAUCUGGGGAAAAUGCUUUCACUUUUUCAGCUUCAAGUACUGAGAGCACAAGGGAGAAUAAGUAUAUUUUCAGUAAUAACUUCAAAAUAUUUUUGAGGCUUAUAAUCAACUAGUUGAUUUUCCAAUGGUAUAUGAAGAGGGUAUUUUGUUUCUAAACUCUUGACAUGAGCAUUAGAGAAAUAGCUAAUAUAAAUAUAUAUUUGCAAUUGCUGUCUUUAUUUUUGACAUAUACUGAAAGUGAGUUCUCUAGGUUAAUAUGAAGCUGCAUUUAAAUGCACACAAAGGUGUUUGCUUUCCAUAUGCUGGUUUCUAAAAUUAUGUGCUUUUUUGAAACUUAAAUACAAAGAAUAAUCUGUUUGCUCAGUUGUGUUGGCAUAAUAUUCUGUGGAAUCCAUUUAAGGAGAAGAGUUCUCUUUUUUCCUAUUUGGAAAAAUGUAACUAUCACUUUUUCCUGCACAAACUGAGUGGAGAAUGGUUGUUGAAUUACAGUAUAUUUGUAAAUAAAACUUCUGAUGUUGCAUUUA